CCUCGCCCUCUCUCGCUCACUGCCUCGCUCACGCUGCCUGCCUCUAUUGCCUAGCUAAAGCAAGGUAAGUUAAGUUUUUUUUUGUUAAUUAUUUGCCUACCUAAAGUUUUGUGUUAAUUAUUUAAAAUGAAUUAUUUUAAUUAUUUACAGUGAGGAUUCUUCUGUUUGAAAUUUAGAAUGGAUGGUGAUGAUCAAAUUUCGAGAGGAAUCCCUAGUAAUGUUAAUGAGGAAUUCAUCUCACAAUCACAAUCAAAAAAGCCUAAGAUUUUAACCUCUGAUGUGUGGAACCAUUUUGUGAAAAUUGGUGUUGGUAGUGAUGGCAAACCAAGGUGUAAAUGCAAGGGGUGUGGUAAAGAAUAUUCAUGUCCAUCUAAAUCAGGAACCUCUCAUUUAAGUCGUCAUAUUCCUAAAUGUAUGAUGAUUUCUAAGUAUAAUGAUGCGGGAGAUAUGCUUAUUGAUUAUGAAGGAAAGUUGAAGAGAAAAAAAUUUGACCCUAAAGUAAAUCGUGAACUUAUUGCUCAGAUGAUUAUUUCACAUGGUGCUCCCUUUAAUAUGGUUGAGUGGAAGGGGUUUAGAAAUUACCAAAAGUUUCUGAAUGAACAUUGUAAGUUCAUUUGUAGAAAUACUGUUAAAGCGGAUGUCUUGAGAAUAUAUGAAAUAGAGAAAGAGAAGUUAAAAUAACAAUUGGCCCAAAUUCCUAGUAGAGUUUGUUUGACUUCUGAUGUUUGGACUGCAUGCACUAAUCAUGGAUUUAUUUCUCUUACUGUUCAUUAUGUUGAUGGCAAUUGGAAGUUAAAUAGUAAGAUAUUGUCAUUUGCUCAUAUGAAGCCACCACAUAGUGGACAUGAAUUAUCAUUGAAGGUGUUGGAAUUUUUAAAGGAUUGGGGAUUGGAGAAAAUUUUUUUUUCCCUCACUUUGGACAAUGCCACUUCAAAUGACAACAUGCAAAAUAUAUUGAAAGAACAUUUAAAUUUGUCGAAUACUUUGUUGCUUAAUGGAGAGUUCUUUCACAUUAGAUGUUGUGCUCAUAUACUGAACCUUAUUGUUCAAGAUGGUUUGAAGGUAGCUAGUGAGGCAUUGCAUAAAAUAAGACAAAGUGUUCAUUAUGUGAGGGGUUCAGAAGCUAGGAUGAGACAAUUUUAUCAAUGUAUUGAGCAAGUUGGUGGAAUUGAUACAUGAAUUGGGUUGAGACCGGAUGUUGUCACUAGAUGGAACUCCACCUACAUAAUGCUUGAGAGUGCACUCAAGUAUCGUCGUGCAUUUCAUAGUUUAAGCUUAUGUGAUAAAAAUUAUAGGUGGUGUCUAUCAAGUGAUGAGUGGACAAGAGGGGAGAUAAUUUGUGAAUUCUUGAAGCCAUUUUAUAUUAUCACUAAUUUGAUUUCUGGAUCCUCUUACCCUAUAUCUAAUUUGUAUUUUGGGGAAAUUUGGAGGAUAGUGUGUCUCUUGAUAUCCAACUUGGAAAAUGAUGAUGAGUUGAUUGCAAGUAUGAGUGCAAGGAUGAAAGAAAAAUUUGAUAAGUAUUGGAGUGAUUAUAGAGUGGUUCUUGCAUUUGGGGCAAUUCUUGAUCCAACCAAGAAGUUUAACUUUUUGAGGUACACUUAUUCAAAGCUCAAUCCUUAUAACUAUGAAGAGAAGUUGGAAAGGGUGAAGACGGCUUUGUAUAGGCUUUAUGGUGAAUAUGUUAACAAUGGUUUAUCAAGUUCAAGUUCAAUGCCUUCCUCAAAUGUUAGUGGAUCACAAAUUUCCAUUGGAGGUGAACAAGCAAAGAAGUCAAAAAAUAUAUAUGAUGAUUUUGAAGCAUUUGAUUGCCAAGUUUCUAACGAUGCCGGAAAAUCCCAACUUGAUCUUUAUUUGGAAGAGCCAAGGAUUCCAAUAUCGGGAGCAUUUGAUGUCUUGGCAUAUUGGAGAGAGCGAGCUAAUAGAGGGAAAAUUAUUGCAAAGAUGGCUUAUGAUAUAUUGAGUAUUCCAAUAACAACCGUAUCAUCGGAGUCCGCUUUUAGCAUUGGAUCUCGUAUUUUGAACAAGUAUAGAAGUCGUUUGCAUGAUGAAACAGUUCAAGCUCUCUUGUGCACACAAAGUUGGUUACAUGGUUUUGGAGAUGAUGAGGAGGAGGAGGAGUCAAGCAUUGAUGAUAUAAGACUUUCUAAACAAGACUCAAAUGUUGUUGUUGAUGAAGAGGAUGAAGAUUAGAGGCAUAAUUUUUAAUUGUUUUUUUUUUCUUAUUUGUAAUUUGGCCUCCAGAAAUGACUUUUUGAGCAGGUUGUUUUUCU